UUCGUGUCUAGAAUAUGGAUAGGAAGAGGACAGUGAAAUUGAAGAUAAAUUCAUAUAAAAAAAAAGUCCAAAACGUAUGUGACAGACAGUCAUAAAAAGCAUGCCUUUGUUGGGGCAAUUAGAGUGAAAGUGACUCACACAAGUGUCUCAGAUGCUUCAGCUUUGAUAUUAGUAUAUUCAGCGUUCAGUGAUUUUAUGAAGGACAAUUUGUGGUGAUAUGGCAGACAUUUACUUUCACUUUCACAACAUCAGCCUCAAUAAAUAGGCAGGGAUGUCUUUCAAAUACAUAGUCAAAAGUGCAAGUGGCCUUUAUGCUUUGUCUAAGAGCCAUGUUGAUUCACAUUAAUCUUACAUAAUAUAACUUUAAAUAAUUAAUGUGGUGGUUUCCCCCAUUACAUUUUACAUUUGUCCCCGCCUGGACAAAAGCUAAAAGUCAGAUUAAUUUUCCACAUUUGUUUGGUCUGAGGCUGGGACGCAGUCAUGGUACAACUGUGAAAGCACCCUACUCAUGCUUUCAAAUUGCUAGCUGAUGGGCGGAGCUUUGGCCACCUGACCUGUGUUACACCUUGCUUCUUUCUAUGAAUCUCAACAAUUCAUUAACCGAGUAACUGAAACUUGAGCGCUGCCUGCUCUUCACUCACAACGGAGGCUCCUUGCUACAAGGCAGGUGUGUAUGGAUGGGGCCUGACCCCACUCAACCCAGUCCAAACAGCAAGCCCCUUCAUAGAGAUCAUCGAGCAGCCAAAGCAGAGGGGGAUGAGGUUUAGGUAUAAGUGUGAGGGACGUUCAGCUGGCAGCAUCCCCGGUGAGAAGAGCAAUGACACCACUAAGACCCACCCAGCCAUCAAGGUGCACAACUACAGCGGCCCCCUGCGUGUUCGCAUCUCAUUGGUGACGAAGAACGCACCGCACAAGCCUCACCCCCACGAGCUGGUGGGGAAAGACUGCAAACAUGGCUACUACGAGGCUGACCUGCAGGAGAGGCGAAUACACAGUUUUCAGAACUUGGGCAUACAAUGUGUCAAGAAGAAGGAUGUGAAUGAGGCCAUCACUUGUAGGCUGCAGACCAAUAAUAACCCCUUCAACAUUCCCGAGGCGAAGGUGUGGGAGGAGGAGUUUGACCUGAAUUCAGUUCGGCUUUGCUUCCAGGCUUCCAUCAAUCUGCCUACAGGGGAGCUGUUUCCUCUGGAGCCUGUGGUAUCGCAGCCCAUCUAUGACAACAGGGCCCCAAACACAGCUGAGCUGAAGAUCUGCCGAGUCAACCGCAACUCUGGAAGCUGCAAAGGAGGGGAUGAAAUCUUUCUGCUGUGUGACAAAGUGCAAAAAGAGGACAUCGAGGUGCGUUUCUUCCAGGACGCCUGGGAGGGAAAGGGCACUUUCUCGCAGGCUGAUGUCCAUAGGCAGGUGGCCAUUGUGUUCCGCACACCGCCGUACCGCGACACUAACCUCUCUGAGCCUAUUAGAGUCAAGAUGCAACUCCGCCGGCCCUCUGACCGUGAGGUCAGUGAGCCAAUGGACUUCCAAUACCUGCCCGCUGACCCAGAUGAAUACAGGCUGAGUGAGAAAAGGAAGCGUACAGGGGACAUGUUCCAGAGCCUGAAGCUGGGGCCCAUGCUGUCUAGUGUGUCCAUUCCACAAGACAGACGGCACAUAAGCCCAGCAAGGAGAACAGUCACAGCUAAGCCUCCAUCAAUGAAUGCACAAGCUGCAGCUGUGGUCCCCCCUGUAAGUGGAGCGAAAUCCCAACCCUCCUACUCAUACAGUCAGCCAGGCCACCUCUUCUCAGUCCAGCCCAAGGUAGAGGCCUCCCCUUCCAUCUCCGCUGCAACUACAAGCCAAACAUGGAGGAUCAUGGAGAGCUUGAACCUGGGCCCCCAGCCCAAAGCCACUCCAGUGCCCAACUUCACAAUGAGCCAGGCACCAGCCUCCUCUUCCACCACCACUUCCACUGUCAACCAGGACUACUCAACCGUCAACCUGUCAGACCUUCAUGAAUUUUUUCCCAACAUUUCCUCGGCCAUCGCCCAGGAGCCGGCAGCUUCUCAGGGAAGCACGGCCUCCUCACAGACCAGCAGCUCCUUCACCCUCCAGGGCUCUCAGUUCCGGGUGGACGUACCACUUGUGGACGAUGAUAUCCCAGAGUUCCCUAGCUUUUCCGAAGCCCAGGCCCCAGGCACGCUGGACAACCUAAACAUGGAUGAUUUUGAGGACCUUCUGAACCCCCCCCUCAUGAGUGAGAGUGGGAACGGCACCUCAGUGUUGGCUCAUGCUUCAUGCCAACAAGCUGCCCCUCCCAGCUCCUCUACUGCUCCCCAGAACAGUGCAGCAUCCCAGAACACUUCUGACCCUACCAGCAACUCAGGAAGCACCUGGAUGAAUUACCCCAACAGCAUCGUCAACUUGCUACAGAAUGAGGGCAUGAUGGACAUUGCAUCCAACAACAACCACCGGCCCGCUGUGCUGGAUGAGUUUGAUGAGUUGAUGUCUGCUGACGAGGAUCGUCUUAUUUCCAUUUUUAACAGUGGAAGCCAAGCUGGGUUUGUGUCAGGACAUCCGACUUAGUUCGACCAUGUGAUUUUAUUAUGGACAUAUUUACAUAGACCACUUGUAUCUGUUCCCUUUAGCCGUCAGAACUAAAACUCCUUUGUUGUCACUAAAGACAAAAAAGGACACAAGAUGGAUAUAAAGGGCUGUAAGAGACAGAAUGUAGCAAAACUGCUCACUGGACAUGCUUAUUGAAAUACCAGCAAAGUCUCUUUAUGGUAUUAAAUUAGUGGGUUUUGCUAGGCCUUAUAUACAGUUUGUCUGACAAAUGAUAAAAUACAGGGCUGAACAUAAUCAGAUUUCAUCGCCCUUGUUAAGUUUAUGUUUAGCAUCAAUCUUUUUCAGCCACUGAUGUUAGAAGAUUAUCCACAAAUGUUUGUCUUAUAAAGACAAUCUGAUCAGAUGCAUUGCUUAAGGCAUCUGUAUAAGUGUUCUCCUGUUGAGGUUAUUUUCUGUGGAACAUGUUAAGCAUGUUUUUGUACUGCCAUUUUAAAUAUUCUGGUAGCUCUGGUCAGUGUUAAUGUAAUUGUCACUGUCUUUAAGCGAAAUGUGUAAGUUUAGUCUGCCUUUUUAUUUUAAACAAAUUGGCUGGUAUUCUUAGUGAGAAUUUAAUCAGUUAAUCAGUCUAUGCAAAUUAUGUCCAUCGUCCUUUUAAUUACAUAUCCUCUUGAAAUACUUUGGUCCUUAAAGGUCCAGUGUGGAACAUUUAGGAGGAGCUAUUGGUAGAAAUGGAAUAUAAUAUUUAUAAGUAUGUUUUCAUUAGUGUAUAAUCACCUUAAAAUAAGAAUGGUUGUAUUUUCAUUACCUUAGAAUAAGCCGUUUUUAUCUAGAGGGAGCGGGUCUCCUUUCACGGAGGUUGCCAUGUUGCACCACCAUGUUUCUACAGUAGCCCAGAACGGACAAACCAAACACUGGCUCUAGAUAGGGCCGUUCACGUUUCUCACGGCCACCAUAGUUUCUCACACGCUUGGAAAGGGAGGGUGAGGCGGGCGGUAUUCACAUGGUUGCAAUCUGUAAUUUCACUGCUAGAUGUCACUAAAUCUUACACACUGGACCUUUUUAAUAGAAUGUUUUCAAAAUUUCUGAAGGUCAGCAGUAACUGUAACAACUUUAUUAUACACGUGCCUUUUGUUGAGCCUCAACAAAAUGUAGUAAUACGUUAAGUACCAAAUGAAGGUCUACAUGUAAAUAAUUAUCAAACAAGCAACAUUAAUAAGUACAUGCUAAUAGCAGAGAAGCAUACAAGAGGUCCAUGCAUUACAUUCAUGGAGCUGUAUCAGAUCUUGUUGUUGUGUCUGGCAAUAUAAUUUCCUCUGGUCUCUAAUCAGUUUUUUUACAGUUAUUUCAUAAAUAAUGGUUUAACUGUUUUGCCAGUAUCUGUUUCAGAUCUGUAGGUCAACUUGCUAUUAGUAAAAUAUGCUUUACUGAGAUAAAAUUUACAGUUUUAUACUGUAGGAUGUAAAAAGAUUAUACUAUGCCUUUUUUGCUGUAAUGAAUGAAUAAUUCUGUUAAGUUCCAAAACACUUUUCCUGGCAAUAAAAACCACAACAUAUUAA